AUGUCGGCCCAGCGCGCGAUCUGGCGUGCCUCUCGCGCCCUUGUUUCCCCCAGGUCGCCGGCCUUCGCACCCAGGAACUACUCCUCUGCCCCCCGAACCGCGACCGAGGAAUCCAAGAGUGCGAUCUCUCCUCGCUGGCUCUCAGACACAAAAGCCCGGAUCGGACGAUGUAUCACCUUCGGCCUCUCACCGAAGCUCGUCGACGAAGCCGGCCAUGUCCUCCAGGUCCUGGCCCGAGACUGGCGGGAGCUCGUCGCCGGCAGCGAGGGCUAUCUGACGUCGGAGAAAAGAGCAGGCCUACACCGGCAGAACAUCGUCUGGGGCGAGCAGGACUCCAUGGGCCACGUGAACAACGUCAUGUACGUUCGGUACGCCGAGAGCGGACGGUGCAAUUGGAUCCGCAACUACAGCGGACACAUUGACCCGGUGCACAAGAGGCAGUGGGAAGAGCUGUUGACCUCGCGGGGCAUUGGGCUGAUCCUGAAGAGCAUCACGGUCGAUUUCAAGUUCCCCAUGACGUGGCCCGACCGGAUCUCGGUCUACCACAAGCUUCGGUCUCGGCCGGACGAGACGACAGAGUCCUUGAUCCUGGAUGUCUUGAUCAUGUCCGAAGUGCGCCAGCGGCCGGCAGCCAGGUGCCUGGAGGACAUCGUGGUGUAUGACUACAGAGUGGGCAAGAAGAGUACUCUGGAACCAUUCAUGCUCGCGCAGUUGAAGACGACGUUUGACCUGCAAGAGGCUGCAAAGAGGGAGAAUCACACCAAGAUCCAGUGGAUCGAGGAACGCGUCCGGGCCCUCGAGACCGGGUCCUGGGAUAGACAUGAUGCGAAGGAAGACUUUGGCGGCGCCGGAACGCAAUGA